GCGAAAUUAGUAGCGCAUUUACUAAUUUCGCAUCGUGCAAGAAAGUAGUACUUCAAUAAAAAAUACUCCGUAACUUGCUAUAGAAAACCAAGCCCGCCUUCUUUGGUGUAGAAGAGAACUUCGAGAAAUAUUCCAGUGACUGCAGUUUUAAACUUAGGUUCUACGGAGUAUUAAUCUUCCUGAGGUUCAUCUUCCGUAUUAUAUAAUCUGCCAUUGUUAAAGAGGGUUAGGCCUUUUUGUGUUGUCCCAUCACGUAUGGUUGGCACUUUAGAUGAAAUAGCUGUUUCUUAGCCAAGCCCAAAAUCAUGCCUUCUUUAUCUGCAACGAGGGCCUUUCAACUCUUCGGGGAUUCAUUUUCACUGAGAAAUCUUUCCAUCCGGCUUACUAGAAUAUCUCCACUCAAUGACAGAGUAAGGUUUUUAAGUGACUAUGGUCCUCUUACCCUAGCGAGCCUUGGAUUGAAGAAUGGAGUUAAUGGACAGAAUGCCAAAAAUAAGCUCCUGUUGGGCGUUUCCACAAUUGAAGUUCCUAAAGAAUUGUGAACAUUUAGCUGGGGCGUUUAAAAGAGGCACAUGAGAAGCUUAAGCAGACUUUUCUUCCUGGGCUCAAAUAGACUGUAGGAGUAACACCAAAAGAAAGGUAAACAGUGGAAGAAGCAUUGGAGUGAAAGAGACAAAGUCCACAGGCAUAGGGGAAGCAUCAGCACCACCGUACGCUGCAAAGUCUUUCUCUGAGCUUGGCCUUCCCCAAUUACUGAUUGAAAGACUUGAGAAGGAAGGGUUUAAUGAUCCAACAGAUGUUCAAGCUUCUGCAAUUCCAACUAUUCUGGAAAAUCAUGAUGUCGUGAUUCAGUCAUAUACUGGCUCAGGAAAAACAUUGGCAUAUCUUCUUCCAAUACUCUCCCACAUUGUUUUCCCUAUAAAUGGUGUAUCUUCUUCAAGCAGAACAGAUAUCAAAGCUGUUAUUGUAGCUCCCUCCAGGGAACUUGGUAUGCAGAUUGUCAGGGAAGCGGAGAGGCUUUUGGGACCCAACAAAAAAAUGGUUCAACAGCUUGUUGGUGGAGCGAACCGGUCCAGACAGGAAGAAGCACUCAAGAAAAACAAACCGUCCAUAGUAAUCGGUACUCCUGGUCGGAUUGCGGAAAUGAGUGCAUCCGGGAAGCUUCACACUCACGGGUGCCGCUACUUGGUCUUAGAUGAAGUUGAUGAGCUUCUCUCAUUCAAUUUCCGGGAGGACAUGCAGCGGAUACUGGAUCACGUGGGGACAAAACGAUCUGAUCUAAAGGUUCUAAAGGUGUGACUGGUUAGGCUCACAGAAACUGGCAAUCACAGAUUAGAAAACAUUUUUAAGUAAUACUCCAGACGUCCUGAAAGAAAGUGUCACAUAUGACAAAGCACCCCAUGGUUCAGGCAAUAUACUUGUGAAGAACCAUGCUUCCCGCCAAACCAUCAUGGUCUCUGCAACAGUCCCGUUUUCUGUUACAAGAGCCGCACGAAGCUGGGGUUGGGACCCACUCCUUGUUCAUGACAACAGGGUUGUCCCCCUUGAUUCCAUGUCUCCUCCUGGACUAAAUCCUUCCAACUCACAGGCCCAGCCUGCCAUCCAGAGCUUACCGCCUAAUCUAAACCAUUACUAUUGUGUCACGAGGAUACAACACAAAGUUGACAUGCUAAGAAGAUGCAUUCACGCUCUGGAAGCCAAAUCUGUGAUUGCAUUUAUGAACCAUAGUAAACAACUGAAAGAUGCCGUUUAUAAACUAGAAGCCCGAGGCAUAAAUGCUUCAGAACUGCAUGGUGAUCUUAGCAAGUUAGCAAGAUCCACGAUUUUGAAGAAAUUUAGGAAUGGAGAUGUUAGGGUUUUGGUAACGAGCGAGCUUUCUGCUAGAGGAUUGGAUGUGCCUGAAUGUGAUCUUGUUGUGAAUCUGGAGUUGCCUACCGAUUCUGUCCACUAUGCACACAGAGCUGGUCGGACGGGGAGGCUUGGAAGGAAGGGUAAUGUGGUUACUAUAUGUGAGGAGCCUGAAGUAUUUGUUGUAAGAAAGCUGAGGAAGCAGCUUAGUAUCCCAAUUCAAAUUUGUGAGUUCGCUGAAGGAAAACUUGUUAUUACUGAAGAGUAAUUAACUAAGGUUUUACUGUAGUUAUUUCUGUUGAGUUUGCAAGAGAUGGUAUGCAAGCAAACAAGUGUCCCUUUGUUUUGGUGGAAUAUUAACUUUAGCAGUGGAUUACUUUGCUGGCUAGUCUAUGGAUACAUGCCAAUCGAUGGGUGAAAAUCUUUGUAUUUUUUUAGCCUUUGAGCCGUUUGAGGUAUAUACAUUUGAAUAUGAAAGUACUUCAUAUGAAUAUCUGUGGAUUCAUGAAUUUUCAAGUUUUCUCUUUAUAUUAUACACUUCAACACUUGGGAAAAAUCUACAAUUUGUGGCUGGCAU